CCUUCCUUUUGACGCUUGACGUCUUUGCUGGUUGCUUUGGCCCCACAUCACCAAGGUCAGUCACAAAAACAGCACAACCUUCUUUCUUCUUUGAGAAAGGAGCUGCUGUGUUGAAAGUCUUUGCUUGGCUUUGGGCUCUCUCACUCCUUAUUCUGCGACGACGAAGGAGAGCAGGAACCAAACUAGCUAGAGAUUACCAAAGGGAAGAAGAAGAGAGAGACCUUGUGAAAGGAAAGCAACAGCAAGAAAAGAAAGUGACUUUGAGAAAGCCAGCUUUUUGGUGUCACUCUGCAUCAAAACUCAACGCUAGCUACUAGACAGAGCUAGGCAAUGGACGUUCUGCAAUUGUCUCCCUUGAAUUGGCUUUUUCACACAUCAUCCACUACUAGUAAUAAUAACGACGACAAUAUGUCACGAUUUGUGUGGCUCGUCUUGGCGACCCUGAUUUUCUUGGUGGCCGCUUUAGGAGAAUCCUGGAUUCCAGGUCGCAUCACCAAACUACGACAGAACAUUCGAGAACGAAAAAGAAGACACCGACAACGACAUCAACAGGCAACCAAGAACCACAGCAAUACAGAUGGAACCAAAAAGUCAGCGCAAGAACAACAACAGGAAGAAGAGGCCGAACGCAAGCGUCUUUCCUUGCUUCCGUGGUGGGAAGACUCGUGGUCAGAAGCUUUUAUGAACUCCUUUCCCUUGUCAUCGUCGUCACCACCGGUCAGCAGCAGUGCGGCUUCUACGGUUGCGUCGGUGGACCCGGAGGAAGGAGCACUAGCAAAACUGGAACCGUAUCAGCCCAAUCCCAAUGCUCAAAUCUUGCACUUUUGUUUCAUACUACACGGUCAUCGUGGAUUCUCAACCGACUUGUCAUAUCUGCAACGGGUCAUGCAACAUCAUGCCGAAUUGGGAAAGCGAGAACGAUACAGUGAUGAUGAUACUGUAGUACCGCAUGACAUGAUUGUCCAUUGUUCCGUCUGCAAUGAAGGCAAAACCAUGGACGGCGUGGUCAAUGGCGGUGAGAGGAUGGUGCGAGAGAUUCUGGACGUCAUUCGACAAGAGCUGGAUCGAAGGCAGUCGGAACAAGACAAGAUUCAAGACAUUACCAUUUCCAUUGUAGGAAAUUCACUGGGAGGCAUCUAUGGACGCUAUGCCAUUGCCAGACUGGCACAAAAAGCCGCUGACCAGGAGAAUCAUCCCUGCUUGACUCAAUCUGCUAGCAGCAGCAACAGCACUGAAUCUGCUGCUGCGACUGACGACGACGACGACGACGACGACGACAACUGUGAUCUCUUUGAUUCCUGUGUCUUGCUCGAUGGAAAGUAUCGUCUUCAUUUCAACAUUUUUUGUACCACUGCCACACCGCACUUGGGAAUCUCCAAGCAUACAUAUGUACCCAUCCCCCGAAGCGUGGAGAUUGGAGCCGCUCACGUAUUGGGUGAAACUGGCAGAGAUUUGUUUCGAUUGAAUGAUCUCAUGAAGACCAUGGCCACUUGCCCGACAUAUCUCGAACCAUUGCGCAAAUUCCGCAAACGGGUCGCCUACGCCAAUGCCUACGGAACAGACUUUCCAGUGCCGGCAUCCACGGCGGCCUUUUUGUCGGACCAAUCGACAUAUCCACACCAUUUUGCUGCAACAAACAAUAACAACAACAAUACUCAAACACCGCAAGAAGAAGCAGACAGUCAAUAUGUCAUUGCAACGCUGCAUACCCAACAAAGCAAACUACUCCCAGUACCAAGUGCAGAACAAGAGGCCGUCGUGGAUGAUUUGGUCCAAAUGAGUCAAUCUUUGGAUUCGUUGGGGUGGAAAAAGGUGUUUGUGGAUGUUCGGAAAGAGAUUCCAUUGCAGGUGUCUCUGCAAAAGGCGCUCAACAUUCGAAAGAGCCUGAGUCGGACGAGCUUGCUCUUGACGCCCAAGAUUCUUCUACGACGAGGUUCUGGGUACUUGAGCGAAGAAGAAUCGGACAUUGGGACCCCCACGAGCAGCAGCGAUGACGACGAAGACGACGCAUCUCCGCCCGUGUCGGCCAUUCACCGUCUUCGACAAAAGGGGGUUGUGGAGUCACGAGAUGUUGCGUCUGUGGUUACCACUCCGGAGGAUAUGAAACUUUCUGUCCCUAUUGGGCAUAAUCUACUGGUGGCCCUGUCACGAGAUGGGAUUUCCGGUGGUCUCUACAAGGCCGGAAGACCCGUCAUGGACACCUUGGCCAAAGAGUUGGUGAGCGACAUCUUCGAUUGGAAUUUUCAAGAAGAAACCGAGGUCGCUGAAAAGACAAUGCUUGAAGGUGAGCUGUCUCGAUAAGAGAUGAUGGUCUUGCACGACAAAAACGAACGAACGAUCGAACGAACGAACGAACUAGUGUGCAUUCGCUACACUUGCAUAAUUUUGCUAUGAGGCUGUACAAAUAUUUCUGCGUAGCUACUACGUACACAAGAGUAAUAGAGAACAAGCUAAAGGCUACUAUUUUAUGACAGCCAUGUAUUCUAUGGGGGGAGUGAAAACCACGCGCUGCUUGUUGGUGUUGUAGAGUUCGCUCUUGGAGCAGGGAUGGACUCGGAGAAUCACUGUGCUGCAACAAACCAUGGUAUGUGUUUAGAUCCCUGGACCACCGCUCGGGUCCCUGCCCAUCUUCAAUCAGCACCGCUUCAGCCGUGGUACCCUCGCACAGCAAAUUAUGGAAAGAUAGUCCUGUCUUCCUUGGAUCAAUGCAGGUCGCCGUGGGGUUCGAGGGGGGACUACCCUAUUCUAGCCGGUACCGUACAGUAGCUAGACCCCCCAAACCCAAUGCUGCUAUUGACAGCAGACCCAGAUGACGUGUUUGAGUGAUCGAAAGAACGGAAGACAACUAUUGGAGGUAGCUGAGGUAAACAUAAUUUUGUAUAAACUUUUUAUU